AUGGCCCCCUCCUCCCGCAACGACGACCCAUCCCCCCGCGCCGACAACCCCAUCCACAACCCCCGCCCCAUCCACAUCAUCGCCGUCGGCGCCGGGCCCAGCGGGCUCCUCCUCGCGUACAAGCUCCAGCGCUCCUUCACCAACUACACCCUCACCAUCUACGAGAAGAACGCCGACGUGGCGGGCACCUGGUUCGAGAACCGCUACCCGGGCUGCGCGUGCGACGUCCCCUCGCACUCGUACACGUACUCGUUCUGGCCGCACCGGUACGACGGCGCGGGCGGCGGCGGGCCGUCGAGGGUGUACGCGGGGAGCGACGAGAUUCGGCGGUAUUUCACGGGGUUCGCGGACCAUUGGGGGUUGGGGCGGUUUGUGGAGUGUGGGCGGGAGGUCGUGGGGGCGAGGUGGGAUGGGAGCUCGUGGGGGGUGGAGGUGAGGGGGGGAGGGGGCGUGGUGGAGAGGGAUGUGUGCGAUGUGCUGGUUGAUGCGACGGGGUUCUUGAAUGCGUGGAAGUGGCCGAGGGUGGAGGGGUUGGAGAGGUGGAUGGGGCGGUUGAUACAUACGGCGGAUUGGCCUGAGGAUUUCGACUACCGCGGGAAGAAUGUUGCGUUGAUUGGGAAUGGGUCCUCGGCCAUCCAGGUCUUGCCGGCUAUCCAACCGCAUGUCAAGAGCUUGACGACGUUCAUCCGGUCGCCCACAUGGAUUGCACCACCUAUUGGCUCUUCCGGCCAGAGGGAGUACACCGAAGAAGAAAAAGAGGCGUUCAGGACGCAGCCGGGCGCCCUUCUGGCUCACAGGAAGGAGAUAGAAGACGGAAUGAACAGAUACUUCGCCGUCUUCCAAAAAAACUCCCCCGAGCAAGUCACCUUCCGCGCCGCCCUCGCCACCUCCAUGCGCCAAGCCCUCUCCCCACGCCCGGACCUCGCCGCCGCCCUCAUCCCCUCCUGGAGCGUCGGCUGCCGGCGCUUCACCCCAGGCCCGGGCUACCUCUCGGCGCUGCAAGCCGCCAACGUGCACGUCGUGCACCCGACAUCCAGUUCUUCCAGCCCGAACAACAACAACAACAACAACGACGCCGACGUCACCGCCAUCAGCGCGUCCGGCCGCGGUCUCGUCACCGCCUCGGGCGCCGUCCACCCGGGCCCGUUCGACGCGCUCGUCUGCGCCACCGGCUUCGACACCUCCUUCGCGCCGCGGUUCCCCGUCGUCAACGCCCGCACCGGGCGGGACCUGCGGCGGGAAUGGGGGGAGGGCAACAACGACGCGCGCGGCUACCUCGCCACCGCCGCGGCCGGCUUCCCCAACUAUCUCACCGUGUUUGGGCCGUCGAGCCCGACGGGCAACGGCCCCGUGCUGGGCGCCAUGGAGGCGCAGGUCGACUACGUGUGUCGCGUGCUGGAUCGGUAUCAGACGGAGAACUGGCGCGCGUUUGCGCCGAAGCGGGGGGCGGUGGAGGAGUUUAAUGAGUUUGUGGAUGGCUUCAUGGGGCGGAUGGUGUGGAGCGAGGAUUGUCGGAGUUGGUACAAGAAGCGUGGGGCGGGUGGGCGGGUGACGGGGCUGUGGCCCGGGAGCAUGUUGCAUUUCGUCGAGGCGCUGAGGGAGCCGAGGUGGGAGGACUGGGAGAUUGCGUAUGAGGGGAAUCGGUUUGCGUGGCUGGGGAAUGGGUUUAGUCGGACUGAGGUGGACCCGGAGGCGGAUUUGAGCUAUUAUGUGCGCGAGGAGGAUGAUGGGGAAUAUGCGAGUAGGGAGAUGAGGCGGAAGGUGUUGACCAACAGGAAAAAGGAGAAGAAGGGAGAAGAGCAGGCAAAGCCGGCGAGGGCCAGAUUGUAA